AUGAAAUUUACCUUGACUUCAUGUAUUGCUCUUGCCUUGGUGGCAUUGACUGCUGAAGCUGCGCCUGAAGGCAAAAAAAUCAAUAUCCCUUUAGAAGUGAAUGAAGAUUACAAGCCUAAUGCAAAAGCUGCCCUUGAAAAAGUUAUUGCAAAGUAUUCCAGAUUCGGAUUUACUACCGAAUCCAAUGGCAUUUCACCUCAGAGCAUCAACGGCACUGUUCCUGUUGUUGAUGAUGGAAACGAUUUACGAUACUAUGGUAUUGUAAAGGUAGGAACCCCUGGUGUUGAUCUCAGACUUGAUUUUGAUACUGGCUCUUCUGACUUGUGGUUUGCCUCUACUUUAUGUACCAACUGUGGCUCCUCUCAAAGACGCUAUGAUCCGUCCAAGUCGAAAACAUAUAAGAAGGAUGGUCGCAAAUGGUCUAUCAGAUAUGGUGAUGGAUCCAGCUCCAAUGGUAUUUUGGGUAAAGACACUGUAAAUCUAGGUGGGCUUGCUAUCAAGCAACAAACCAUUGGUAUUGCACAACGUGAAUCUUUAAAGUUUGCUAGUGGAACUGUUGAUGGUCUGUUGGGUCUUGGAUUUAGCUCUCUCAGCAGCGUAGAAGGCGUCAAGACUCCUGUUGACAACUUGAUCAAUCAUAACCUUAUUUCUUCUCCUAUAUUUAGUGUUUUUCUCGGAAAGGCUAGCAAGGGUGGUGGCGGAGAAUACAUCUUUGGAGGUUACGACUCAACUAAGUUCAAAGGAAAGCUGACUACAGUUCCAGUGGAUAAUUCUAUUGGCUUUUGGGGCAUUGAUGUCAAUAACACCAGAGUUGGAGACAAGAUUACAAGUGAUCCAUUCAAAGCCAUUAUUGAUACCGGCACCACCCUGCUCGUCCUUCCUUCUGACGUCUCUACUCCAAUCUCUCAUGCGUACAACGCUACGGAUAACUUUGAUGGUACUUAUACCAUUAACUGUGAUACGUCCAAUUUCAAACCGCUUACUUUCAGCAUUGGUGGUGCUGAUUUUGAAGUGCCUCCUGAUUCCCUUAUUUUUGAAAAGAAAGAUGACAAAUGUAUGGCUAGCUUUACUCUUGGUAACGUCAGAGGACUGGCUAUUUUGGGAGAUACAUUCUUAAAGAAUAACUAUGUGGUCUUUAACCAAAAGGUUCCUGAAGUACAAAUCGCCCGUUCUAUCAAUACGUAG